CACUAGGUCCCUUAAGAGCAUAACCAAAACCAAACAUUCUUGGGGGAAAAUGGGGUCACUAAUGGCCUCUGCUUCUAUCACUCUUGCAUUAGCCAUAAUCCUUUUCAGCCUCCCAUCUGAAAUCUCAGCAAACAACUACAUCUACUCCUCUCCUCCACCACCCAAAAAGCCUUACCGCUAUCCAUCUCCUCCUCCUCCAGUUCCUUCACCACCUCCACCAAAGGCUCCUUACCACUACCCAUCACCACCACCUCCAGUGAAGCACCCUUACCCCCAGCCUCACCCCCACCCACACCCUAACCCACACCCACACCCACACCCCUACCCUCACCCACACCCAGUUUACCACUCUCCUCCACCACCCCCUCCUAAGAAGCCCUACAAGUACCCAUCUCCCCCACCACCUGUCCACAAACCCUACCCUCACCCACACCCAGUGUACCACUCCCCUCCACCUCCACCUAAGAAGCCCUACAAAUACCCAUCACCACCACCUCCAGUCAAGAAACCUUACCCACACCCACACCCAGUCUACCACUCUCCACCACCCCCACCAAAGAAGCCCUACAAAUACCCAUCUCCCCCACCUCCAGUGAAGAAGCCCUACCCUCACCCACACCCAGUCUACCACUCUCCACCACCACCCCCUAAGAAGCCCUACAAGUACCCAUCUCCUCCUCCUCCAGUGAAGAAACCCUACCCUCACCCUCACCCAGUGUACCACUCUCCUCCACCCCCACCAAAGAAGCCCUACAAAUAUCCAUCACCUCCACCACCAGUUCACACCUACCCUCCCCAUGUUCCCACCCCAGUUUACCACUCUCCUCCACCACCACCAUACGAGAAGCCUUACAAGUACAAGUCUCCUCCUCCCCCAGUCCACUCUCCACCUCCACCACACUACUACUACAAAUCACCCCCUCCACCUUACCACUACUAGGAUGCAUACAGAAAGUGUGAAAAUGAAAGUCAUGGAGUGGGAAGAUGCAUCUGCAGCUUGCAGAUCCACAAAGAAGUAUAAAUGUUUGAUUAUUAUUUAGAGGACUCUAUCUAGUUAAAAUUAAAUAGUUAUUGUGCUUUUGUUUUAUUAGACAGUUGUAAGGCACUGUGUUCUACAUGUGUUUGCAGUUGUCUGCAUGCAUUGUAAUUUUCAAAGUCCGCUUUAUCAAGCUGAGUCAGUCAAAUAAAUUAUUCCCUCUCAUUGCUAGUGGGAAUAGAUUUGUUCCUGUAUCUAAUCGAGCUUUUUUAUAUAAUCGUCUAAAUAUAAUAACAAUUUACGUCCAUUUGUUGUUUGGUGC